CGACGCCGCCGCCGCCGCCGCCGCCGCCGCGCCGGCCGACGGUCUCGAAAGCCAAGUGCUGGUCGAGGGAAGCGGCUCUUCGAGGACGGCGAUUCUCAAUCGGCCUUCGGUUCUCAACGCUUUCAGCACGGCAAUGGGUGCGAAGUUGCAGAAGCUGUACAAGAACUGGGAAGAUGAUCCGGACAUUGGUUUCGUGAUGAUGAAGGGCAGUGGCAGGGCAUUUUGCGCCGGGGGCGAUAUUGUUAGCCUCUACCACUUGAUAAAUAGAGGAAAAAUAGAGGACUGCAAGGACUUCUUUAGGACAAUAUAUAGUUUUAUAUAUUUUGUAGGUACAUAUUUGAAGCCACAUGUGGCUCUGCUAAAUGGCAUCACAAUGGGAGGUGGUGCUGGAGUUUCAAUUCCAGGGACAUUUCGAGUUGCGACCGAUAAAACCGUCUUUGCUACACCGGAGACUCUUAUUGGGUUCCACCCUGAUGCUGGAGCCUCCUUUUACCUCUCCCAUUUACCUGGUCAUUUAGGAGAAUAUUUGGGUCUAACGGGAGAGAAACUUACGGGUGCUGAAAUGAUUGCUUGCGGCCUUGCUACCCACUAUACCCUUGAUGCAAAACUUCCCUUGAUAGAAGAACAACUGGGGAAAUUAGUUACAGAUGAUCCAUCAGUGAUCGAGAGUAUGCUGGAAAAAUAUGGAGACCUUGUCUGUCCAGAUAAGAUGAGUGUAGUUCACAAGAUAGAGUUGGUUGAUAAAUGUUUUGGUCACGAGACGGUUGAAGAGAUUAUUGAUGCCUUGGAAAGCCAAACAGCUGGACUGAAGGAUUCAUGGUGCAAUUCCGCCCUUAGGAGACUUAAAGAAGCUUCUCCACUGAGCUUGAAGGUUUCUUUGAGAUCUGUACGAGAAGGGAGGUUCCAAACACUUGACCAGUGCCUGGCUCGUGAGUACCGCAUGUCCCUACAAGGAAUAUCUAAGCAAAUUUCUCAUGACUUUUGUGAGGGGGUUCGGGCACGAGUGGUGGACAAGGACUUAGCACCGAAAGUGGGAUCCUCCGAGCUUGGAUAAAGUUUCGGGAGACAUGGUGGAUCAAUACUUUUCACCUCUCAGUGAACUUGAACCUGACCUAGACCUCCCAACAAAAGUGCGAGAAGCCUUCACCUGAAUCUGAUUACUUCCAUCCUUUUCUAUCUCCGAUAAAUUAUAUGUGUGAAGUGGCAAGAACUGGGAUUCUAAACAAGACUACCCAUGGUGGCGGCUGAAAUUAGUCAGAAAACGUCAUUCUCAAUUGGAAUAUGAAGGCUUCACCAAAUUGUUGAGGUCCAUUUUUUGACUCAAGUUUUAUAUGGACAGAAUCACCUACAGCGUUCGUGCUAGUUGGGGUUUUAUCUAGUUUUGGCUUGUGUUAUGAAAGUGUUAUGUUUCUACUGAUGGUCAAGUCAUAUUUAAACCAUCUUUAGAUCCAUUUACGUGCGGUUGCUUGUUUUUUGUCUGGUGGUAGUGGCUGGCAUUGACUAAUGAAACUGCAGCAUGACGGACUAGGACCGACGAGAGAAAUUACCUUUUCCAUUUUCGAUUUUCCUGGUUAGGAACAUCAA